ACUGUGUGUUGUUUUCUUUGUCUGAGCUGUUGGAGGCAGGUGGAGGAUCGAUCGGUGUCUCUGAUUGGCUGUUCCUUCUGUCAGUCAUGUGAUCAGUUGAAGCAGGAAGACUUCACUUGGCUCCUGAACAGGUACAGGAAGUGACUCCACCAACAGGAAGUGACGUCACAUGUUUGAGGAAGUGGACAGACUGGUCCUGCAGCAGCAGCAUGAGCUGAUCUUGUGGUCAGAGUGACAGGAAACAGACGAGUCGUCGCACAGAGACAGAAAGACAGAGUGAACGAUGGGACUGAAGACGCUGCUGCUCGUCUCGCUGCUGCUCGCCGCCCUGGAGCUGAGUUUGGCGGCGGGCGUCCAUCUUGUCCGCUCCAUGCCCGGUUCUCCUCUGAACAUCAGCACGGACGACCGCGGCCUCCAGCAGGUGGUGCUCGCCGCCACCUACUCCUUCAACAACCAAUCAAACGACGCCUUCCUCUUCAAACCCUCGGCCAUCACCAGAGCACAGCGACAGAUUGUUAAAGGGCUUCGCUACAUCGUGGAUUUGGAGAUUUCCAGAACCGUCUGUCGUAAACGAGACCACAACAACAACCUGUCCAAGUGUGACCUCCAGCCUAAAGGUCGUCUGCACCAGACGUUUCACUGUCACUUUGAGGUUUGGUUGAUUCCCUGGGAGAAUGAGACCAACGUCCAGGUGUUCCUCUGUAAAUCCUGAAACCUCCAGGUCCCACUGAGUCCACCUGAUGGAGUUUAACUGUGGCAGUGACACCUCCACCUGUCCACCUGUCUACCUGUCCACUACCUGUCCACCUGUCUGAGCUGCUGCUCUACAUCUGUAAAAUAAAUCUUUCUCACCUUUUCGCUUGAAAUAAAACCAACAUGUGUGUAGACUCGUGCA